UUAAUUUGAAAGUGAAACGCUUAAAUUAUUCGAAACCGAUUCCAUUUCCUCAUAAUUGAUCUUCACUCUAUUUGGUCCACGCUGUGGCGGACUUUUUGAACAAUGAAAACCGCGCCGGUAAAAGCCAUUCCAGCAGCAAAAUCGGGAAAUGACGCCCUAAAUAUUGAAGGGAAAACGGACAAGGAGUUCGCUACGAUGGCCGUAGAUGACAAGGCGUCUUCUAAGGAGUUGGACCAGUGGAUUGAACAACUAAACGACUGCAAGCAAUUAACAGAAAAUCAAGUAAAAACGCUAUGUGAAAAGGCUAAAGAGAUACUCUCAAAGGAAUCUAACGUGCAAGAAGUAAAAUGUCCCGUAACAGUCUGCGGCGAUGUACACGGCCAGUUUCACGACCUGAUGGAACUCUUCAGGAUAGGUGGACGCAGUCCUGAUACAAAUUACCUAUUUAUGGGCGACUACGUUGACCGCGGUUAUUACUCGGUUGAGACCGUAACGCUUCUUGUCGCCCUUAAAGUCCGCUAUAAGGAAAGAAUUACGAUUCUGCGAGGAAACCACGAAUCGAGACAAAUCACACAAGUUUAUGGAUUCUAUGAUGAAUGUUUGAGAAAAUAUGGCAACGCCAACGUAUGGAAGUUCUUUACUGAUUUAUUUGACUACCUACCAUUGACCGCUCUUGUUGACAGUCAAAUAUUCUGCCUCCAUGGCGGUUUAAGCCCAAGUAUUGAUACACUAGAUCACAUUCGGGCAUUGGAUCGUUUGCAAGAGGUUCCUCAUGAAGGGCCUAUGUGCGAUCUGCUAUGGUCAGAUCCCGAUGACCGUGGCGGGUGGGGUAUCAGUCCACGUGGAGCAGGAUAUACAUUUGGUCAGGAUAUAUCGGAAACAUUUAAUCAUUCAAAUGGCCUGACAUUAGUUUCAAGAGCCCAUCAGCUGGUGAUGGAAGGAUAUAACUGGUGUCAUGAUAGAAAUGUUGUUACUAUAUUCAGCGCGCCGAACUACUGCUAUCGCUGUGGAAAUCAGGCAGCUAUCAUGGAACUGGAUGAUGCCCUUAAAUAUUCCUUCUUACAAUUUGAUCCAGCCCCAAGACGAGGCGAACCGCACGUAACACGUCGAACUCCCGACUAUUUCUUGUAAUUUUACUGUCAAUCUCAUACAAAUCUGCUUAGAGUAUAUUACUGUAUUUGUUAACAUAAAUUCAACACAAAACGCAUUCAAGAUAUUUCGCGACAUGUAACUAUUAUAAUAAAAAGAAAAAUUUAAAAAUUUAGUGAAAAUAAAAUUUCAAAAUCCCAUGGUUCGAAUACAUUUCGAUUGUGUAUUUUUGAGGAUAGUAGGAUCAUCUAGUGAUUUAGGUGUUUGGUUGUAUCAUUCGGUUCAUCGAGACGGAAUAUAAGAUAUGUUUGAGAUGACUUCAGAAUGUGGGAUUUGGCAAUGUCAACAAGUUUGUAUAAAUAUAAAAUGUUUAGAGGAAA